CCGUACUGAGGAAGGUUUAAAGUUGCUGAUCGCGGUUCUAUUUGAUAUCAACCCUUUUUCUUAUCAAAUAUCAUUUGGAAAAUUAAGUAAAACUUGUUUAAAAAAAUACAAUAUGAAAAAAUACGCAACUUCGCCCAAGAGGCUUUACGACGUUAUUAUUGCCGGUGGAGGGAUGAUCGGCUCAACUAUGGCCUGUUCUCUAGGAAAAAACCCAGCGUUCAAUCAUUUAAAGAUUGGUUUAAUCGAAGCAGCCCCUAAGCGUAAAUAUAAUCUUCAAGAUGUGCCUUUGAACCGUGUUUCUUCGUUAAAUCCUACGACCAAGGAUUUGUUGUCACGCCUCGGAAUCUGGCAACACAUACGCCGUUCCUGCAAAGUGAAUAACAUGAAGGUUUGGGGAUCUUAUUCAAAUGACAGCAUAAAUUUCGCCGGGAGCGAACAGGAAGUCCUGGCUUACAUUGUUGAAAACGAUGAAAUUAUCCAUGCCAUCACAAAAGAAUUAAACAAAUUAAACAACGUUGAUGUUAUUUAUGACGCUAAAAUUAAAACGGUCGAUUUAAACAGUAAAGAACGUCCGACGAUGCCUCGAUUGAUUCUUGAAGACGAUGAAAAUUAUUUGUGCAAACUGCUUGUUGGUGCAGAUGGUCCCACAUCAAAAGUGAGGCAGGCCAUGAAUGUUAAUCAAUUAAGAUGGAAUUAUAAUCAAUGUGGGGUGGUGGCAACGCUGCAGAUUCAAAAUGAACCAAAAAACAACACAUCCUUUCAAAGGUUUUUACCCCAUGGACCUAUUGCUUUGCUUCCACUCGAUGAAGAUCACAGUUCACUCGUUUGGUCGACAACGCCUGAAAAAGCAAAAUCGCUUUUACAGAUUCCCCCAGAUGUCUUUGUCGAUGCAGUUAACGACGCAUUUAACAAGGAGCCUAUAAAGAAUAGUACAAUCGACUCUCUGAACAGUUUGGCCUGCAAUUUAGUCAAAAUAUUGCCAGUAUCAAAAAAUUACUAUAAAUCGGAGUUGCCAAAGAUUUACAACGUCAUCGAAUCUAGUCGGGCAUUAUUUCCGUUAGGCUUUGCCCAUUCAUCAGAAUAUACAGUCCAUAAUGUAGUCAUUAUAGGGGAUGCAGCCCACAAAAUACAUCCAUUAGCAGGCCAAGGUGUAAAUUUGGGAUUCAGAGAUAUUCUAAUAUUGACAGAUGUUCUGUCGAAGGGUUUACAAGAAGGAAGACCUCUAGGUGACACGCAGGAUUUGAGGAUUUAUGAAGGACAAAGUCAAAAAUCAAAUGUACCAGUGAUGGCGGCCGUUGAUUUUAUUCACCACGUUUAUACAUCGAAUAAAGAACUUGUCCAGGCAUUCGGCAACUUUGGUUUUCGGGUUGCUGAAAUUCCUGGUAUAAAGAGUUUAAUGAAAAAUUUUGCCAGUUGAUCUCAUCUACCUCAGCGUCCGUACAGUCAUAUUUGAGCUACAAUCAAUUUUUGUUUAUAAAAAAAAAAGAAAAAAAGAAGAGAUGAGUAAUUAAACAGUUGUCAAAUAAAAUAUGUA